AUGGGUAAGACGAGAGCUGACCUGACCUCAGACAUUGUUCAAGGUAUUGCAAACGAACUUAUAAAGUUUAUAGCUAGAAAUAUCACAGGAAGGAGCAAAAGCAAAACCAAAAGCUUUGACUGUUUCUACGGCAGAAAGCUUUCAGGAACUGUCCCAACACAUGCUAAUAUCAGCAAAGAAUCACCAGAGACGAGAGCUAAAAAGGCUCUGUUUUAUGACAGGUUAACACAGAAAGAAAAGGUAAAAUAUAGAGACCUCAUGAAAACCUUCAGUGAAGGCGUGCCUACAAACAUCACUUAUUUCCUCUAUGCAGGAGCUUUACUUGGUUCCUACUCUCAUCACGGCAUGAUUCCUUGGGACGACGAUCUGGACAUUAUAGUGAGGGAGAAAGACAAGCCUUUACUGCUCACAUUCCUGCAGUCCCUCAGGCCAAAAUAUGACCACUACACCAAGUGGAAUGUGAACUGGAAGUUGUAUCACAAAAAGUCCCCAAAGGCUGGCUCGAAAACUUGGAAGUGGCCAUUCCUCGAUAUAUUCUUUUAUUUAGAAAAGUCUUCAUUCAUUCAAGAUUGUAAAGCAACCCAAAAGAAGUUCAACAAGAGUGACGUGUUUCCUUUGAUCAAGCGGCCUUUCAUGGGAAUGAUGCUGCCAGCGCCGAGACACACCCGUAAGGUUUUGGAGUCGACUUACACUAUCGAUCUGUGUGUUUCGAAUUCAUAUGAUCACAGAUUAGAGAUACCUGUACCAGUGAAAUGUGUAGUGAAACUCCCCUGCCAGUUCUUAAGAGACAAGUAUCCCUUUGUUACCCGAAAGAACUCAGACAACAAAAUUGUUGAGAUAUUGGACGACACCAACGUUAUCUCCACCAACAGAAGCUCCUCGGACAGAAGCAUUUAUGAAACGCAAAAUUCAUUUUGA